GCAUCCUCACUCUCUCUAGAUUUUCUCUUUCUAUCCGCUAAUUUUCUCUCUUCUGCAGUCUCUCUCUCUCUAAAUCGACGCAUCGGAAUCGAAGUAUAGCCUCUUCUGUAUGUGGAUGUGCUUGUAUGUAUGUGUAUGUUUGGGUGACAAUUUGAAGUUCUGCAGUAACUGAGUGAGGGUUUUUGCAAAGGUGGAAGUGAUUUUGUUUGCCGCUUUAUUUCGAUCUGUGCGCUUAUGGAUUCAGCUUCUUCGUCAUUGCCAUCUAACUCAAGAGAUGGGUCGACAUCGGCGGUAGCGGUGGAGGAUGACGCCGCCUUGUCAGUUGCGGCGGGCAUGGCGAAGGAGGCUGCCUUGCUCUUUCAGGCUGGAAAGUAUGCGGAGUGCCGGAGAAUUUUGAAUCAGUUGCUGCAGAAGAAAGACGAUCCCAAGGUUCGCCAUAAUAUUGUCAUCACUGAGAACUUUAAAGAUGGAGGUUCAGAUUCUAAGAAGCUCCUGGAGUCACUUGAGAGCAUCAAGAAACAAAGUGAAGAGCUUGCCCAAACAUCUGGAGAGCACUUAGAAGUUUCGAGCAAUGAUGGAGGAAAGCCUAUGUCUGAAAUGAAGGGAAUUAACAAUGAAGUGGAUCGUUAUUCUAGAUCAUCAGUUGUCUUCAGUGAUGAGUUCGACACUUCGGUAGCAGUGUUCAACAUAGCUGUUAUCUGGUUUCAUCUUCAUGAAUAUUCAAAAUCAUUCUCGUAUUUGGAUACAUUGUAUCAGAUCAUCGAACCUAUUGAUGAGGGGACAGCUCUUCGUAUAUGCCUAUUGUUGCUGGAUGUUUCAUUACUUUCUCACCAUGCAUCAAGAUCUGUUGAUGUGAUUAGCUACAUGGAGAAGGUUUUCUGCAUCAAUAGCUUGACCAAUCAAGUGGAUAAUGGAACAUCAGCUCAGCAUCAAUCUUUGUUGGUGCCAAAACAUCCUUCACUUCCAGGCAAUUCAACUAGUCCCGAUCCUUCCCAGUCUGAUACUGCCAUCACUUCAAAUGCAUUGGAAAAUUCAUUAACUAGAACCUUAUCAGAGGAAGCACUUGAAGACGAGUCAUUUCAGUUACUAUCUUCCCUUGAUAUAAGUGGACAGAAACUUCAAAGGCCUGUUAUUCCAUCUUCUGGUGAUCCUACUAGGAACCAAGCGGAAGAGUCCUUAUCUGUGGAUGAUUUAAGGCUUAAAAUGCAUCUUUUCAAGGUUCGGCUUUUCCUUCUCACCAGGAAUCUCAAAGCAGCCAAGCGAGAAGUUAAGAUGGCCAUGAAUUUAGCACGCGGAAAGGAGUACCCCAUGGCUCUUUAUUUGAAGUCACAGCUUGAAUAUGUUCGUAGGAACUAUCGUAAAGCAAUCAAGCUUUUGAUGGCAUCAAGCAACCUCAAGGAACCUGGAAUCUCUAGCAUGUAUUACAACAAUCUUGGGUGCAUAUAUUAUCAACUAGGGAAGUAUCAUAUAUCUGGUGUAUUCUUCUCCAAGGCCCUAAAGAACUGCUCUCUUGUGAGGAAGGAAAAACCUUCAAAACUCCAAACUUUGGUGCAGGACAAAUCCCUUCUGAUAUCAUAUAAUUGUGGCAUGUACUCCUUGGCCUGUGGCAGACCUCUCCAUGCUGCUCGCUGUUUUCAAAAAGCCAGUCUACUUUUUUCCGACAGACCUCUUCUGUGGCUGCGAAUAGCUGAGUGCUGUUUGAUGGCCCUAGAAAAGGGGCUAAUUUUGUCCAUUUCCCCUGGUUCUGAAAAGUGUGAUAUUGGAGUUAAUGUUAUUGGAGAGGGGAAGUGGAGAGAGCUUGCUCUGAGGCAUGGGGUUUCUUCAAAUGGGCAGUGGGAAGAUGUUGAAGUUGAUCACUUGUUUGUAGAUGACAGUAAAAAGCUGGAACUGUCAAUGCCUCUAGCCAGACAGUGUCUUGUCAACGCAUUGUAUUUGUUGGACUAUCCAAAGGCAAAAGAUUCUAGAUCUGGCUCACCACUUACAACAGAGGAAAGUAAUUCAGGAGAAACAACAUUAUCUGAGAGUACAGAUCCGAAAACCAUGACUGUUGGUGAUCAUGAAGAACCUAAUGUAGCAUCAGGUUCAAUCCAACCCAAUUCAAAUGGUGAAGUGAAAGAACAGAAGGGCGGAAACACUCUGAAUGCACCCUUGCAGAACUCUGUUAUUGACUAUGAGCAGAUUCAGAUGAAGGAGAACCAGAUGAUAAAGCAGUUUGUACUUGCUGAUUUGGCUUAUGUCGAGUUGUCACUGGGCAAUCCUUUGAAAGCACUAUCAACAGCAAAGUCUCUAUUGAAACUUCCCGACUGUUCAAGGGUAUACACCUUUUUGGGCAUCAUGUAUGUUGCUGAGGCCUUAUGCUUGCUAAAUCAGCCAUUAGAAGCCGCUGAACAUUUGAUGAUGUAUGUCUCCCGAGGCGAUGUUGAGCUCCCCUACAACCAAGAGGACUGUGAAAACUGGAAGACGGAAAAAGGAACUGAUAAUGAGGAUUUACCUACUGGAAGAGUUGCUCCUGGCUCCAUGUCCUCCUCAGACAAAUCCCAAACUGCAGCUGUGUGUCCCAGUCCAGAAGAGGCGCGCGGAAUCUUUUGUGCAAAUUAUGCGGCUAACCUAGCUUUGCUGGGGGAUCUAGAGCAGGCGCACCACUUUGUUACCAAGGCAUUAUCUGAAGUCCCUAGAAGCCCCCAAGCUAUUCUUACGGCAAUCUAUUUGGAUCUAAAGCGUGGUAAGACGCAAGCUGCCGUAGCGAAGUUGAGACAGCACAGCGCCGCCAGGUUCCUCCCUGGUAAUGUGACAUUGAGCGCCUCAUCUUAAUGGUUAUAUUCGGUGAAUUCCAUCCCCGCGCUUCCUUGCUGUGGGUUAGCAGGUAACUUUGCAAUCCUUGAAGAAAGGAUGUGUAUUACAUAUAUAGUUCAAUUCAGAGAAUAAGUUUCUUUUUCUCUUUUUUUGUCUCUUUUUAAAAUUUUCGUUGUCGCGUCUAGAUUUGUAGUGAUUCAUAGUGUGGCUUAAAGUCGGUGAAUUACAGAUUCUCACCUCUGGAUUUCUGAGAUGUUUUUGGUUGCUAGUGUUGUGUUUUUAGAGGUAGAGUUGGUCCGGCAUUGACAUAUAGAGGGCAUGAGCUGCUGUUGCAAUGGAUACUUACUACAAACAAAGUAAAGUAGUUUAAAUUUUCUUGUAGUUCAUUUCAGGAAUGCCAUUUUA